AUGAGCCGUCCACAGAGCUGCAUCGAAGGUGAAGCUCCUGACUCUCAGCAUGCAAAAUCAAACAGAGGGUCAAAGGUGACUAAAGAGAGAGCGGCACUGCUGGUUUCUGGUGUUCUCCUGGCUGCUGCUCUCAUUGUUAUUUACCGUCUCUUGUUUGAAAUCGUGAGAACAAAGGAGAACCUCAAAAACCUGGAAGAUCACAGAAUGAAGUGUGAAAAUAAUCUGACAGAUGAACCCUGUGAUAGAUGUGAAGCAGGCUGGGAGCAUCAUGGAGGAAAGUGCUAUCAUUUCUCCAUCAGUAAAUCCUCCUGGAACCAGAGCAGAGCUGAAUGUAGAGCUGAAGGAGGAGACCUGGUUAAGAUAGACAGCAGGUGGGAGCAGAGGUUCCUGGAUGGAAGAGUCAGAGACUUAAUGAAUGAAGAUGAGGACAAGUUCUGGAUCGGACUGACAGACUCAGCAGCAGAGGGCAGAUGGAUGUGGGUGGACAACACACCACUGACUGAAAGUUUGAAGUUUUGGAGCGGCAAAGAGCCAAAUAACUGGAGAGGGAAAAGAGGGGAACAUGCUGAUGGAGAGGACUGUGCGAGGAUGGGAGAAAGAGGUGGAGCUGAAGAAAUUAAGUGCUGGUUUGAUGCAGUCUGCUCAAAGGCUCACAGAAGUAUCUGUGAGAAAGCAGAAGGGUGGGACCUACUCCAGUUCCUGCCAGCUGGGUUACUCACCUGCUCUCCAUCAGCCAAUUCCCUGGGAUUCCAGUGA